AUGGCAUCACUAGCGGCGACUCUCUAUACAAUAGGGAUACUAUUGUUACAAAUCCUACUUCAAUAUGUCCAUUCUUCGUUCUGUUACAUUAUAGCGUUUGUUCCUACAAGGAGGAAAACAGAUAAACAGAUUUCUACCACAGAUGGAGCUCCAGAAACUGUGCAAACAAGACACAUUGACGCCAUUGAUAUAGCAGAUAUCGUCGCUCCGUUUGGCUACAUCGUCAGAGAGCAUGUAGUCACUACUGAAGAUGGCUAUAUACUCGUUAUUCACAAAUUAGAAAAGAAAUCGAACCACCUGAAAAACUCUAAGAAAAUCGCCUAUUUCCACCACGGGAUGCUCACAAACUCUGAGUUGUUUGUCUUGGGAGACGAGAAGAACAAGACGUUGCCCUUCAUUUUGGCAGAUCUCGACUACGACGUAUGGUUGGGAAAUAAUCGUGGAAAUAAGUACUCAAGAAAACACUUGAAGUUAUCGGCUUCAGAUGUCAAGUUUUGGGACUUUUCUUUGGACGAGUUUGCCUACUACGAUAUUCCAGCCAUACUAGACUAUAUCAAGUCUCUCUACCGUCCAGAAGAUAAAAUCACAUAUAUAGGUUUCUCCCAAGGUUGUUCCCAGCUUUUUGCAUGCUUGAGUUUGCACCCACAUAUCAACAAAUACUUGAACAUGUUCAUCGGACUUUCUCCGGCAUUGAUACCACAAAACUUGAGUCAUCCUAUCUUCAAGGUCAUCGUCAAUCAAACCGCAAAAGAUGCCAACUUCUUGUACAACUUGUUUGGUAGAAGAGCUAUAUUGUCUUCAGUAGCGUUCUGGUCGCAUAUCCUCGGGCCAUACUACAAUAAGGUUGUAGAUGUUUCAUUGGUUUACUUAUUUGGCUGGUCAGGCAAGAACAUAAGCAAUAAGCAGAAACAGACUGGGUAUCCUCAUAUGUUUUCCAAUCUGUCGGUGAAAUCUCUUAUUCACUGGUUUCAAAUCAUAUACACGAAGAGAUUCCAGAUGUAUGACGAAACUGAAAGUUUUGGCCGCACAAAACUCUCAAUGUUGUCUUCAGCUCUGAAGAACAAGGGCCACCGUGUCGCUCCGUUCCCAGUGGCUCAUCAUCUUGAUGUGCCUAUGACAUUAUUCUACGGUGAUAGUGAUAUCUUGGUAGAUAUAGAACGUACAAAAAGCUUGAUCGUCGACCAAAAUGAAAAGAUGCAAACAAAGCUAGACGUGGUCCUCUGUCCAGGUUACGAGCAUAUGGACACUCUUUGGUCUGAUAAUGUCUACGAAGAUGUAUUCGCCAAAGUUGUAGCUGUUAUGGAA